UGACAGCUCAAAUUAAAGUUCGAGGAGUGCUGAGUGACAGUGCUCUUUCCUUUUUCCCUCUUUCAAAAAUUUUGCUCCUCUUCUCCUUCUUCAUCCCUCUGUCCACACCAUAACAGAAACAGAGAGAGAGAGAGAGAGCGAGAAGCAAAGGUUUGAGCUUUACCAAGUGGGAUGACCACCACAACAACAGCUUCAGUGGCUGCAACAGCAGCAACGAGGUUCAUAAAGUGUGUCACUGUUGGAGAUGGAGCUGUUGGGAAGACAUGCCUUCUCAUCUCUUACACCAGCAACACUUUCCCCACUGAUUAUGUUCCCACUGUGUUCGACAAUUUCAGCGCAAAUGUUUCGGUCGAUGGGCAAACUGUCAAUUUGGGCCUCUGGGACACCGCCGGACAAGAAGAUUACAAUAGACUGAGACCUCUGAGUUACAGAGGAGCAGAUGUGUUCAUUCUUGCUUUCUCCCUCAUCAGCAGGCCUAGCUUUGAGAACAUUGCCAAAAAGUGGGUCCCCGAGCUGAGACAUUACGCUCCAUCAGUGCCCAUUGUUCUCGUGGGGACGAAAUUAGAUCUCAGAGAAGACAAACAGUUCCUAAUGAGCUAUCCAGGAGCUUGCACGAUCUCUACAGAACAGGGUCAGGAACUAAGGAAGCAGAUAGGAGCAUUGGCAUAUGUUGAAUGCAGCUCGAAAACACAACAGAGCGUGAAAGCAGUUUUCGAUGCAGCUAUAAAAGUAGUACUCCACCCUUCAAAGCCAAAGAAACAGAAGAGAAGGCAAGGAGGAUUCUGUGGUGUUCUUUGAUCGAAUUCCACUUAUCAACCCCUCUGAACAAACGUCUGAGUUACAAUUCGAUCUGGGUUUCCCUUUUCUUGAUCUUCUAAGCGUGUUCUCCGCUUCUUGCGGAUAAAGUCUGCAGCUUUUUUUUUUUUUUUUUUGGCCAUUGGUGUCACUGUGAGGAGUUUGAAGAUGGAAGUAGCAGUAGAGGGUGCUUUGUAUAAUUUGUAAGCCAACUCUCGUAUUGUAAAUGAAUGCAAAUGAAGUUAUGCUUCUCGCUUUCCCCUUCA